AUGCCUGUAAGAGGAAACCACUUGGAGAAAUGGCGUGUGCUCCGAACGAUUGGAGAAGGUGCGCAAGGGAGAUGCAAACUGGUGGAACGAAAGAGCGACGGCGAACUUGCGGUUCGCAAGCAGGUAGACUGGUACACAAAGAUCAACAGCAGUCCCCUAGAAGCGAUAAUUUUAAAUGACGUCCUACCUCCUAGUAGACGGGUCGUGAAGUUGAUUACUUUCUGGUUCACACCAUCCCCGCGCAACGAUGACUAUCUGAUCGAACUGUUUGAGUACUGCCGAGGAGGAGAUUUGAAGCAUGCCGUUACCCAGUAUGGCAGGCUUUCCGAGGACUUCAUCUGGCAUUGCUUCAUCCAGAUUGCCGAAGCCCUGGAUGUAGUGCACAAUGCUGGCUCACAGUUGGUAGUCCACCGGGACGUCAAGCCCGAUAAUAUCUUCCUCGAGCAGAAGUACCGUCACGCAGCUCCUUGGCCUAAUCUCAAAUUAGGGGACUUCGGGGCGGCCACGUUGAAGCCGCACACAGAAGCCAUGCUCAUGCGGUGCUGGCAAGGUCCAGAAUUGCCACACCAUAGUACGGCAGGUGAUAUAUGGGGUUUAGGCGCAAUUAUCCAUUGGAUGGGUUACAGACGACCUCCUAUCACUCCACGUCCGGCAAGGUUCUCACAAAAAGAAUGGGAGAGCCAACCAGCAGCUAGGAGGCCAACGCUACUGCCGAACUCCUAUUCCCUCGAGCUGAAUGACUGCAUGAUGGAAUGUUUGCGAUGGGAUCCGCGAGACCGAAUAUCGAGUCACGAGCUGGUGAAACGCCUGAAGAGAGAUAGGCAUGGAAAACGGCGCUAG